AUGGAGAAUUGCUACUGCAAGCAGAGCUGCAAACAGGACCUGUUCGAGGUGACCUUCUCGGCGAGUAAAUGGCCGUCAGGUGCCACUGACCUUGGCGACUGUGAGGGGAUGAGCACGGCAGAAUGUGAGGAUUAUUAUCGACUGAAUGCGGCCAUGAUUGAAAUCUUCUACGAGCAGCUCAACUACGAGUUUCUGCAGGAAACCGAGGCGUACGGUAUGGUCAACCUCAUCGCCGAUUUUGGAGGUCAUCUCGGACUCUGGAUGGGCUUCUCCGUGAUCACCGUCAUCGAAUUCAUCGUGCUGGUGGGCGAGCUGGGCAUGACGUGCUUCAGGAAAAAGGAGAUCGAGCCGGGCAAUGAGGACCGGCUUCACCCCAUCGAACAGGGCAAAAUCAACCCGAAUGAGACGGAGAAGGAGCCGCUGUCUGCAAAA